AAGCAAGACAAAAAGCAAUGCAACAGCUGUCCCACAGCCAUCUAGAAGUUGAGUAAAAAUAGAUACUUCAAUUAAAGUGGAUCAAACAAUAAAAAUCUAUUUGGAAGUUGAUUUAGAAAUUACUUUGUUUUUAAUAUUUUUUCUCAAGGAUAGACUUAGUAUUUAUGUAUUGGAGAAGAUAAUUUUGUAGAAUGAACAUUGUAUGAGCGAGCACUCUUUAAAGCUUUAUCUUCUAUGAACAUUCUUCAGCUUUCUACCAUUGCAGUGUUCGUUUCCGCUUCCUUUGGAGUUUGGAAAAGAAAUAGAAUCGUGUGAUUUAUAUUCUCUAAGGCUUGAGAAUUUCAUGAACAUGCUGCUCAACAUCCGUGGUCAGAGCAAUCACGUUGUGGAUUGUGAAGGAAGUGAAACUGUUUCCGAAAUCAAGGACAGAGUUGCGGCUUUGGAGAACCUACCUCCUCAGCUAGUUGCACUGUACAGUUGUGGAAAGCCUCUUGACAAUGCCCUGCUAGUCUCUGGACUUGAAAACUUCAGCAUUGAAGUUACCAUUCCACUUCUUGGAGGAAAAGUCCACGGUUCCCUGGCUCGUGCUGGAAAAGUGAAGGGACAGACACCUAAGGUUGAGAAGCAAGAAAAGAAGAAGAAGAAGACUGGCCGUGCCAAGCGCAGGAUCCAGUACAACAGGCGUUUUGUGAACGUCGUGCAGACAUUCGGCCGCAAGCGUGGACCAAACUCCAACAAUGCAUAAUCAUUCUGUUUGUGUAUUUGUUUUUAAUAAAUCUACAUUAAUGUAACCA